AUGUGGGAGAAAUUGCAGAAUGCUUAUGAAGGGGACAAAAAGGUUAGAAAUACAAAACUUCAAACACAUAGAAUGUUGUUUGAAAGUCUCAAAAUGCGAGCAGAUGAAAUUAUAGUUGCGUAUUUCUUAAGAGUAGAUGAAGUGGUCAAUUCCUUGAAAGGUUUGGGAGAGAAGCUGGAUGAUAAAGUAGUUGUUCCAAAAAUCUUAAGAUCGUUGCCCCUAAGAUUUUAUGCCAAAGUUCCAGCAAUAGAGGAGAUGGUUGAGUUAGGAAAAUUAACAGUUGACAAGUUGCAUGGCAUUUUAACUGCAUAUGAAAUGUGGACUAAUGUUGAGAGCUCAUCAAAUAAGGAAACAACUUUUAAAGCUUCAAAGAAGGGUAAAGAAAAGGAGCAGAAAUCCAGAGAGAGUUCAGAAGAAGACUUUGAGAAUGAAACAACACAUCUUGUUAGGAAGCUGAAAAGAGGCUUUGGUAAAUACAAGGGCAUGUUGCCAUUAAAGUGCUUCAACUGUGGGAAAAUUGGUCACUUUGCAUCAAAAUAUCCUUAUGAAAAAGAAAAUGACAACGAUGAUGAAAAAGAAUCAAGGUUCAAAAAUAAUAAGAAGUUUGUGAAAAGAGAAAAGAAGUUUUGGAAAUAUAAAAGAAGUCUCUAUUCCAAGGAAGACAGUGAUUCUUCUCCUAGUAGUGAAGAAGAAAAUCAUAAUGAUGAAAUCUUGUUCAUGGCUAUUGAAGACAUUCAAGAAGAGGUAGACUACUUUGAUGAAGAAGAUGUGGAGGUUGAUCUUGAACAAGAGUUGAUUAGUGUAGAGGUUGAUCUUAGACAAGAAUUGAUCCAAAAAGUUGAAUAUAGCAGUAGGUAA